AAUGACUCAUGCAAGUAUAUGUAUGCUCUCACUCAGUUGGAUGAUUACAACUGCCUCAUGAUGGCUAUCUCUGAAAAUGACAUCCCUUGCAUUCAUCAAGUCAUCAACAUUGCUUUGUGCCAUGGUGCAAGCAUCCAAAAAAUCAUCAACAAAUUGGAAGAUGCUCUAGAGGGUGUGUACCACCCAUGA